GUAGUAUUAACUAUACCAAUUUUGAGCAAACCGAGAAAUGAAAAAAAAAAAAUUAAAAAUGGUUCAAAACGUUUGAAAAUUGAAUAAUGAAGGAAGGAUGAUGGUUCGAACCAAUAUUUAACAUCAUUGCGAAUCUUUAGAGGUCGAUGGCCUUCUCUACUACAAUGACAAAAUUAGCCUUUUAUUACAAAAAGUACUCUUGGGACUAGUUCCCUUUUAACGAAUUUUCCUACGGUUUGGAGGAUGGAUACGAUGAAGAGGGCUUGGGGAAGGAUCUUUUGCAACUACGAAAAUAUCCCUGGAGAUCAAUUUCGAAAGAAAAGCAAGCCAAGCAAGAAACCCACUCUCUCUUCUCUUAAUAAUCAUUCACAUGACGCAAUAUGCACACAUCUCUCUACUCGAGGCCGCCAUCUAUGCAUAGACACAACGCAAAUGUAUGAUUGUUGUGUCAGAAGAGAGAUAAAGAACCUUCUCUCUCUAGCUUUUGGGGAUCUAUAUAACAGACAGUGUCUCCCUUUGUUCUCUUUGUCCCUCUGCCUUCCACACACACAGUUUUGUCUCUCUUUCUCUCUCUCUCUUUUCGUUUACUCUGCGUCUCAACACUCCUUCCCAGAAGAAAGAAAGCCAGCAAUGGAGAGGCUAAACUCGAAGCUAUACGUGGAGAACUGUUACAUAAUGAGAGAGAAUGAGAGGCUAAGGAAGAAAGCUGAGCUUCUGAAUCAAGAGAACCAACAGCUUUUGUUUCAACUCAAACAGAAACUCUCCAAAACUAAGAACCCUAGUGGAUCAAACAAUGACAAGAAUCUUUGUCCAUCAAGCUCUGCUUCUGGACAAUCCUGAAUUAAAAUCAAGAAAUGUUAGAGCAGAUAUUUGGAAUUGGUAGAAGAAAAGAUCCAAUCUUCCUAGGUUUUGUUGUUGUUGUUGUUGGUUAUUUGGUGUAAUGCAAGGAAGAUAGUAUAUCUAGUAGGUUGUUAUGAAUAGAAGAUUCUCUCUUGUGUCUCUAUAUUAGUCUUAUCAGUCAUAUUUUACAUUUGUUUCCAUUUUCUAUGUUAAUUGAAGAUCUCUUUUGCUUUC